AUGGAUCUCGGAGUGGUAUUCUUGGUCUGCGCGGACGUAGAGGAUAGAGCACUGGUUCAGGCAGAGGAAGUGGCUCCGGAGAUGGUAUAUAUGGUAUAUGUGAAAGUGAAGGUAUUCGUCGAAGUACUGGAGGUAGCGGUUCAAGUACUGGAGGUGGUAAUGAGAGAGGAGGGAGUCGAGGGGACUCAAAUAGGAUGGGAGGGUCACUGA